AUGUAUGAGCAAGUGAAGGAGGAGAAUUUGGUCACCACAGAACUGCACACCUUUUGUGAUACAUCUAAAGAUGCAGUUGGUGCCGUUACGAAUCUGCAUACUACUGGAAAAGAUGGCACAGAGACAGUAUGCUUUGUGCUAGGCAAAGCAAAAUUAGCUCCUCAAAGAGGUCAUAUGAUCCCGAGGUUGGAAUUAAGUGCGGCAGUUCUUGGGAUUGAGGUAGCAAGAAUAGCCAAACAACAGCCAGAUUUGAAGAUUGAUGAGGAAAAGUAUUACACAGACGGUAGCAUUGUUUUGGGAUACAUCUACAAUGAGGAGAAAUGGUUUUAUGUGUAUAUACCUAACAGAGUGGAUAGAUUUAGGAGUGCUUCUUUUCCUAAGCAGUGGAACGAUGUGGGAACCGAAAACAAUCAAGCAGACUUGGCAACUAGGUCAGUAUUGGCUGAUGAACUUCGAACCUCUACAUGGAUCCAGGGAGAUGACUCAAGUGUUUUCAGUGAAAACUGUCAAUUGUUUCCUCUCAUUGAGGCAGGAAAUGACAAGGAGGUUUACUCUGACAUAUCCAUCUCUAAGACGUCUGUGGAACAGCGUUCUAUUCUCAAUACAGACCUAUUCAAAAGAUUCUCCAGUUGGUCGAAGUUGGUGAAGUCCAUUAGUGCCUUCAAACUUGCUUUGAGACACCGAAGAGGAAAUCCUAAUGCUGGUUCAGCGUUUAAUGAUCUCGAGAUUAUGUAA